GGAAAAAAAAACAAACCGUGCAAAUUGGUAGAGCUGGAGAAAGACGGAGGAUAACCUUCGCGUCGCCUGGCGAUUUCGUCGGCGAUCUGCAUUUCCUCCUCCGCCCUAAUGCCUCCUCUGCGUUCUACGACGUCGUUCUGAUAUGCCUCACCCGAUGCUCACCUUCUCGAUGCCUCAUAUGGCCGCGCCCUCCUUCCUCGAAGUCGACCGAUGUGGCUUCUUCCGCCUCCCACUCCCCCUCAGCGACAGAUCCUUCCCCCUUCGCUUCCACUCACAGCCGAGCCUCUGCUUUCUUCUUCCAUCUCGCCGAAUUCGCCUCAUCCCCUCUAGCCGCCUCCGUCCUUAUCGUCUUUCUGCUGCCUUCGUCCCCUCCAAGUCCGGCUCCGAACACGAUGAUUCCGUCGAGGCUGUGGAGGCAGCGGUCGUGAGCCCAAAAGGGAAGAAUAGCAGCCAGAUGACGAAGCGGGUGACCUUUGGCCUUGGCAUCGGACUGGGUGCUGGUGGAGUUGUGCUGGCUGGGGGAUGGAUGUUCACGGCAGGGGUGGCUGUUGCGGCGUUCCUUGGAGGUAGGGAGUACUUUGAGUUGGUCCGAAGUCGGGGGAUUGCUGCUGGGAUGACACCGCCCCCAAGAUAUGUAUCGAGGGUUUGCUCGGUUAUUUAUGCUCUCAUGCCCGUACUGACUCUGUAUUUUGGAAACAUAGAUGUGUCAGCGACAUCAUUUGCAUUUAUUGUUGCGACUGCACUGGUGCUACAGAGAGGAAAUCCACGUUUUGCACAGUUAAGCAGUGCUGUUUUUGGGCUCUUUUACUGUGGUUAUCUUCCUAGUUUUUGGGUUAAGCUCCGCUGUGGUCUCUCAGUUCCUGCAUUAAAUACUAAAGUAGGACAUGGAUGGCCUGUUGUUCUUGGUGGGCAGGCUCAUUGGACAGUUGGACUUGUUGCAACCUUGAUAUCUAUUAGCAGCAUAAUUGCAGCAGAUACCUUUGCGUUUCUAGGUGGAAGGGCAUUUGGCCGUACGCCACUUACUAGUAUUAGUCCAAAGAAGACCUUCGAAGGGGCUCUUGCUGGUCUAAUUGGAUGCACCAUGACUGCUGUACUGUUGUCACAGAUUUUAUGCUGGCCUACAACAACAUUAAGUGCUGCAUGUUUUGGAGUUCUAAACUUCGUUGGGUCUUUGUUUGGUGAUCUUAUUGAGUCCAUGAUCAAACGCGAUGCUGGCGUUAAAGAUUCAGGAUCACUCAUACCUGGGCACGGAGGCAUCCUUGAUAGGCUGGACAGCUAUGUGUUCACCGGCGCGCUCUGUUACUCUUUCGUCAAGAUCGGACUUCCCCUUUUCGGAGUUUGAUCGACCGUUGAAUCUAGAGGUAGAAUGCAACCGAUCAUUCACCAGAUGUUUGAAGAAGGAAAAACACACACUGCAGAAUAAAGGCAAAUCUAUAGCAUAUUUUAUGUAUUUUGUUUUUUUAGGCCAAAGGGCAUAAGUUUGAUCAAUGUCAUGAUUUUCUUUUUUCUUUUUUCCAUUUGUGUAUACGUAAUAUAUAAAAGUGUAAUAAUGGCUAAAAAAAUCAUUUUCAACUA